CCCUCUUGGUGACUGCGCUGCUGCCCGGCAGGCGCCAAAGCCAACGUGACCGGCCUCUCCGCCAUCGCCAUGCGGGAGAACAACUCGGACGUGGUGGAGGUUCGCUUGGGAGAAAACUCCCCCGCCUUGGAGGUCCUGCUGAAUCAAAAGGCCCUCAACUUUUCUGAACAAACCUGGAUGGACUUAAACGGCCUCUUCCUCUACAGCAGCCCUGGGCAGAACGUCUCGGUGCUCUUCUCCUCCGGAGCCGGCGUGGAAGUCAGCGGCCAGGGAGGGAAGGUGCUCAGCCUAACGGUCCUGCUGCCGGAGACCUUCCAGGACCAGACGGAGGGGCUCUUUGGCCGAAUGAACGGCAGGCCGCAGGACGACCUGACCCUCCCCAACGGCACCGCUCUGGAUGUGGCCAGCAGCGGCCCCCGGGAGCACUUCGCCUUCGGAGCAGAGUGGGCCAUCAGCAACGCAACCUCCCUCUUCACCUACGACAGCUGGGAGCUGCUGGAGAGCUUCGUCUACGGGCCCAAGCACCACGCCUCUUUCCUGCCCUCCUUUUCGGUCCCCGGAGACGCCAACCAGACGCUCGUGCAGCAGGCGGCCUCCGUCUGCCAAGGCGAUCCCUUCUGCCGCUUCGACGCCCUGACGACUGGGGACCUGGCCCUGGGGAGCCUCACCAGGGCCUCCCACCAGCGCUUCCAAAAACUCCAGCAGGACUUGAAGCCAGUGGUUUCGUGCGGCUGGCUGGCCCCACCCGCCAAUGGGGAGAAGAUCGGGACCGACUACCUCCAGGGCUCCCUGAUCCACUUCCGCUGCCAUCCCAGCUACACCCUGGUGGGCUCGGCAAGCAGGCUGUGCCAGGAGAGCGGGACCUGGUCGGGAACGGCCCCCAGCUGCCUCCCCAACGCAGGUAGGACCCUCCAGCGGUUCCCCCCCCAGCCCCCUGCGACCACCCACUUUACAACGG